AUGGAGGACUCACCUUUGACACUGGCACACCAGCACGCCUCCACAGCAUCCAACAUCCUCCGCUCCUCCGCGCCCCCACACUCCCCCAGCACGCUCCUCGCCGCCGCCUCCUCCCACGCCCUCGCCUCCACCUCCUUCGCCGCCGCCGCAAAACUCACAAAGGACCCCGAAGCCCUGCGCACGCUCGACCUCCUCUCCACCGAGCACGACCGCUGGGGCGCCCGCCUCCGCCUCGAGGCCGAACGCCCCGUCGAGCGCUUCGGCGCCACCGCUGCCGCCCUCGAGACCGUCGUCGAGGGCGCCGGCUCCACCGAGAACCUACCCGACGAAGCCGAGGCCGCCUCGAGGUCGAGGCCCGGCGGCGGCGGGGCAAGAGAGAUCCUACCGCCAGCGUCACUCCCGUUCGCGAAUACCGGCACGGCCCCCAUCCCGCCGAGGCUGCAGAAGAGCACCUCCUCGCUCGCAACGAACCUUGCUUCGGCGCGGGGCAUACCGCAGCAGUCGCGUCUCGGCAGCGGAGGGGGCGGCGCCACCUCUCCCAACCGGCGGCGAUCCCUAGUCCCCGAGCGCUCCCAGACACUGCCGACACCCCACGACUACCACUCCUCCUCCUCCUCCAAGCCAACCACAAACCCGCUCACCCUCCUCCCACCAGACGACCCCACGCACCCCCCACCGCCCAAGCGCGCAUCCACCACCCCGCGCCUCUCCACCCGCGCCUCGGCCCCCGACCUCGGCCCCACCUCCACAGACGAGCCCUUCUCCAAGUUCUACACCUCCCUCAACACCCUCGUCUCGCGCAUCGGCUCCCCCUUCGCCGCCUCGCUCGCCUUCGCCGGCCUCCCACUCACCGACGACCCGGCCUCCCCUGCGCCCGACGCCGACCCGCCCGCGCUCCUCCCGCGCGGGUGGACCGCCAGCCGCGGCGGCCCCGCCGCCGGCGCAGAGAGCUUCUAUGUCGUGCCUGUGUCGGGCGGCACGCUCAGCUACGCGGGCGUGGUGCGGCGCGGCGAUGCCGGCAGGAAGACGAAGGAGGAGCUGCAGCUGGAGAACACGGGGCUGCGCCAGACGAUCGACCACAUGAGCCGCACGAUGCAGAGCUGGCAGCGCAAGACGCGCGAGAGCGAGUGUGCGCUCAAGAACAGCAUUUUGGCGCUGGGGGCCGGGGGCGGCGGCGCGACGGAGAGGGAGAGGGAGCUGCUGAGUCAGGUGCAGAGGAGGUCGUGGAUGCAUGUGCCGUAUGAGGAGGGGGAGGACGACGGUGUGGGGGCGAUGGCGGUGGAGGAGGAGGCGGAGGCGGCUAGGAGGGAGUUGGAGACGGUUAGGAGGCAGAUGGAGGCGGUUAGGAGGGAGAUGGAGGGGGUGAGGGUGGAGGCGGCGGCGGCGAGCAGGGAGGCGGAGGAGUGGAGGAGGGAGGCGGAGGCGUGUAGGAGGGAGAAUGAGAAGUUGAAGGCGAUGCUGGAGAAGUUGAAGGCGAAGUGGGAGAGGCUGAAGGAGGGGGCGAGGAGCAGGAAGGCGGCGGGGGCGGGUGGGGGGAGUGGGAGUGCGGGGACGCUGGGGAGGGUGGAGGAGGGGGAGUAG